AUGGCGCCGCGUCUUUUAUCCUGUUUCGGCGUCAAAGGAUCUUCAACUUCCACCACCGGAAAAGGCAUCUCAGGACAUAACGCUGCCGUCGUGGCUGCGGAUGUUCCCGCCGGUGACGGACCUGUUCUCGUUCAGCUCUUCUCGUCUCAAGGAUGUAAGACUUCUCCUGAGGCCGAGAUGCUUGUGUCGCGUCUUGGCCGUGGAGAUUUCGACGGUCAGAUCCGUAGUGAAGGUGGAUCUGGUUCUCCGGCGAUGAUUCUUGUUUUCCACGUUGAUUAUUGGGAUUACAUGGGGUGGAAGGAUCGGUAUGGAUCGAGCCAAUGGACGGUGAGGCAAAAGGCCUACAUCGAGGCGUUGAAUCAAGAUACGAUGUUUACUCCGCAGUUUGUGGUUCAAGGUCGCGUCCAGUUCCUUGGCAAUGAGGAAGAGACUCUGCUCAAGUCCAUCGUCGAAGCGCCUAGGUUUCCUUCUCCGGCGUUUCAGGCUACAUUCCAAAGGCCAACUUCAGAAACCCUUCAAGUGUCUCUAACAGGAGCUUUGAGGAUGAAAGUGGACUCGACCGGGAUCGAUAUAAUGGUGGCGCUAUACGAGAACGGACUAGUGACUGAUUGCCCUCGAGGAGAGAACUCGGGAAGAGUCUUGGCCAAUGACUACGUUGUAAGAAAGCUAGAAAAGUUAUGCACAGUAAAAGAUUUAGCGGCCAAGAAAACGAUCUCGGAAACGGCUCAUUUCACGGUAUGGGAUGGGUUCAACAGUGCUAAAUGUGGAGUCGCUGUUUUUCUUCAGAACGCAUCUCUUCAAAUUUUUGGUACGCAGAGUUUUCAAUUGCCUGAUGAGAUUUGACAAAAAAUAAACAAAAGUUCUGAAUCUAUUACAUUUGCCAUUUUGAGUUCAUUCAUAUUUGGUUUAUUAAAUCAUAUGACCUUUUAAAAUGCUGACAAGUGAUGAACAUAGUGUUUCCGAUAUGUCUUAGUUCGAUGCUCUCAACGAAACAUAUUAGUUUUGAUGCAAAUUAAUAAACUCGAAAGAUCAGAUUUGAGUCAUUUGUCCAUGACAUUAAUUGUUAUCCUACUACUUCGUGUUGCUUUACUACUCGGACUCAGUGGCGGAUGUACAUGUACGUGCUGCCCUAUAAAAUAAUUUCAAUUCAUGCAGCUUAUAAACGUUCAAACGUCUUCCACCCACAAAACUUUCUCACGCAUUUGUGUCGUGCCAAUUGAUCUUUUUGUUUUGUUUUUUUUUUUAAAUCUUUUUGGGGGUCUUUUGGUUCCUUCUUGCUAGUUUCUAGCAGACUGGGAUGCAAAAUGUUUGUAUCAGAUUGCUCAUUACAUUGUUAAUGAAAUUCACAUAUUUAUAAAAAAAAACAGUAUUUUUGGGAUGCAAAAGAAGAGAACCAAUCUAAAUUAUUAUGCAUAGAAUCACGUCUACUACUCUAUUAAAACUGAAGUACAAAAUAAUAAUUGUCUAACUUUAAGUGAUUUUUACAUAUUUUUUCAUUCAUUUUUAAACUAAUUCUAACCACUUAAUUUAUUAUUUUUUCUAAAUAAUUUGAAUUCAUUUAUUACAGAAUUACAAAACAUAACUAUUAUAUAUUUUACAUUUUUUUUUUCAAUUUUCUAAACUACUUCAUUGAUUGCAAUUACCAUAAUACAUCGACAUAAUUUAUUUUACGUGUUAACCAUAAUAAUUUCACAAGUUUUGAAUGAAGUUACUCCAUUUCAUGACAAGAAUUUAAACCGGUUAACAAAAAAAAUUUUAUUUGUUUACAUACUUAGUUAGACAAGGAUAUUCAAAGUACAAAUCAGUUUUUCGGGUACUGAUUUUUUUGGAUUUUAAAUUAAACUCCUUUCGAAUAUAAUAAAAUUUCCAGAUGGGUUUGGAAUCAGUUUCUUACAGGUCCAUGUAGGUUCAUAGGAACCUAGUAUUAGACAAAUAAUCUAUAUGUUUAAAAAAGUUACUAAACAAUUCAUAAAAAAUGAAAACCAACACCGCGCGGAUCAAGCUCUAGUAUAUAAUUAAUACGAGAACAUAAUGCUACUUAACACAUUAUUUAUUUAUUUUUAUAAUAUAAAUAAAAAUGACUUAAAACUUAUAAAUAAAUACGUAAAUAUCAAUAUCCAUUCAUAGAAUAUAAUGAUACUUAAUGCAAUUAUUUAUUUAUUUAUCAUAAAUAUAAAUGAUAUAAUUACUUAAAAAUCGUAAACAACAAAAACAAAUAUUUAAAAAUUAUUAUUAUUUAAUUAUUUGUAAAUAUUUAUGUCAAUGCAUGAAAACGGGAAAAUCACCUAGUUUUAAGUAUUUUAGAGAUUUUAGUAGUUUUUAUACCAAUUUUUGGUUCUUUAGAAUAUUUAUAGCUAGUUUAGAUAGUUUGACUAGUCUUUAUAAGAUUGUUUGAAUAGUUUUUAUAUUUUAGAUAUUUUGAUCAAUUUCAUAGUUUCAUUCCAUACCUCUGAAUGAUCUAAGAUAUUGUGUAUAAACAGAUCAGAACCAAAUCUGAGAGUAAUCAAACCGAAUUCGGCAAUAAUAUUUCAUGCACCCAAAAUAUGAAAAACCAGAUUCAAAUCAGAACAGCAAGCAUAUUCCACACUUUGGAUGCUAGAUUGGUUUAGUCUAUAUUGUAUAUGAACAUAAAACCAAAUCGAACGUCAAUAGUUGUUUUUAGUUUACAAAUGUUUUGUUGAUUUUUAUAUGAAAAUCUUGAUUUAAAAUAAAUUUAGAGUACUUUUUUAGUUAAAAGCAAACUAUACAUAUAAUAUAUAUGAAAACCAUGAUGAAUCAUAUGAUACUAUAGUUGGUAAAUAAUAUAAUGUAGUAGUAUAAAAGGAUAAGAUGAUAUAGUGACUUGGUGAAAUGUAGCUACAUUUGUGCGUGAGCUUUUUUUUUGUGUUUAGUGUUUACUAAGCCACACACAAAGUUCAAUUUAUGAACUAGUGGUGACGAUUUUUUAAUACAUAACUAUUUGAUAAUAUUCCCAAUAUAAUAUACAUCUAAAGUUUGAUAUUAUUGUGAAUACCAGGUGUUUUAUAUUCAUUUGUGGAUACAAUAAUAUUUUAUCCGUUUUGGAAAGAUCAAUGUUUGCAAAAAAAUUGUGACAAAAUACAAUUUUUAUACAUUUUAUUAGAUAAUAAUUUCAAAUUGUAAAUUUCAAAAGAAUUAGUUGUGUUUAUAGUAUUUCUAUUGGUUUUAAAUUAUGAAAAAUAACUAAUCACAAAAUACUAUAUAUAAAACAUCAAAACAUACAUAUUUUUGUAACAUAAUUACUAAUAAAAUUGAGAAAGAAGGAAAUGCAAGUAAUGAUGUAAUGAAGUUUGAAAAUCUUUAAAAAGAACAAGAUAAUAAAAGAUUUUUUUUGAAAAUCUUAGUUUAUAUAGUAGUCCUAG